AUGCCUCGUCCUAGAAGGCCCGGUGCACCUGAGCCAAAACGAAGAUCUCGGAAGGGUUGUUGGCCUUGUAAGGCGCGGAAAGUCAAAUGUGACGAAGAGAAGCCAUCUUGUCUCAACUGCCGCCGUCAGAAUGAGAAUUGUGACUAUAGUAUCAGGCUGAACUGGGAGGGUAGAACAAGGCGGAAGUCUUCCGUUAGCUCCCCAAGUUCUCAGUCUAGUGGUCACUCUGCUCAUCUUCUCUCUUUGGCCGUGCUGCCUUCGGAUUUCGCACAGGUGGAUUCCCUUGGAUCAGGUCAAGGAGAGGGCAGUCCACAGGAGUUGACUCCACACAACGCAGUUUGGGCCACCGCUUGUGGAUCAUCUCUGGUGGCGAAGACAUCGUGCUCAAGAGAGCUUGAGAAUAGCCAUGAAAUUCUCACCUCUUCUGCUUAUUCAGAUCAUUUGGGCAAUAGCUUCCCAUAUAUGAGCGAUAGAACUUCAGUAGGAGUAACGUCAUCACAAAUGAACGAUGCAAUCAACUCACGGCCCGAUACGUCGCCGCAAAUGAUGACAAUGCCACAGGAGACACUUUCGUCCUUCACGUCCUCAACCCGUCACCCUUCUGAAGACGUUGCCUACCCAGAUACAAGCUUGAGUAUCAGGUCUCUUGCUACCCUAAACUUCUCGCAGUCCUCCAUUCUAUCAUUACCGCUCUCGUUCAUACGAGAAUUCCCCAUGGAGACCCAUCGCUGCAUACGUCCUUCGAUAGUGCAUCCGCGUCAGACGGGGAACCGAGGAGAGCGAAAUUCAGUCUCGAGUGGAUCGCGUAAUGAUUUUCCCUUUGACACCAAUGACGACCGUCAGGCAGGGGUACCAUCUCCGCGCCACCGAUUCUCAUUCGCACAUUCAGAUGUUGUCGAUAUAGAUUCUCCUAGUGCAGUACGAAUCGAGACUACCAUGAAAACUCCCGGCUCCGCUCCUACAGAGACUUAUUUUACCAAGGUCAUGAAUGGUCCCAUUGCCUCUGAAGACUACAUGUACAGCUUGCAACGUGAUGCUGAAGGCAUUUGUCAGCGUGAUAUAUACCAGCCCUCCGAGCGUUCAUCCUCGGAACGAAAGUGGUCUGCUUACUUGACUAGUGUGACUGAUAAUUACGGCCUCGACCAUGGCCGUCCCGACUUGGAUUUGAAUCAAAUGGACGAUCAUUCGGCUAUCGACAUCAAUUACGCUUUGGACCUGAUCAAUCCAGAACGCCAAACCCGGACUACUUUCGAAUUAGCGUCUGCCGACCAUGGACUUGCAAAUAGUGUUGGAUGCGGGUAUUAUGCGUCCCCGGUUCCCAUCAACAUUCCUCGGUACCUGUCACCCUUGCCUUUGGCCUUGGUAGAAAAACCCAUCAACUUGAUGUACUUUCACCAUUUUCUCAACCAUACGGCCAAAAUGCUGGUUGCGCAUGAUUGUGGGGACAACCCCUUCAUCACCGUUUUACCGUCAAUGGCAAUUGGGGAUUCCAAUAUCUUGAACCUGAUGCUAGCCUAUUCCGCCAGCCACCGAGCCAGGUACUUGAACCACCCUGAACCUGCCAACCGGAUAGCACACUGGGUCAGCAAUGUCUUUCCGACCCUGCGCAUAGCACUCGAGGACCCGGACCAGAACAUCACGGACAAUCAUCUUGCUGCCGCCAUUAUGCUCUUAUCUUUGAAGAUCAUUUCGCCAAGCACAUUUGAAGUACCAAUUCCGUGGCAGAGCCACCUGAAGCUCGCUCGCGACCUCUACCUUGCACGUGGAGUGCAGAUGGCAUAUCCUGGGAAUCGAGUCGGAUCUUUUCUUUCACGCUGGUUGGAAUAUAUUGAUGUCAUGGGAUCUCUCUCCUGCCGAGACAAUGAGCCUCCUCUGUUUCUGUAUCAGUCCAUUGUUAGUGCAUGCUCUACCCAUCCGGCAAACGACGAUUUCUUCAUCGACUGCUUCACCGGGUACACAGCAAAGACUGCAUUGUUGCUGUCACGCUUGGCCAAACUAGUUCACCAGUGCGAGAGAACCCGCGUUGGUAGUCUGAUUAGUGUUGAUCCUGAGCAGAGGCCUUCGUCGGAUAUCGUUUUUGAGGCCGAAUCAUUGCUUGCGGAUUUUCAGGUAGCCGAUAAUAUGGCACGGAUCAACAGCCGACAUCACCAGGAACCCGUGUCUGCGGAUAUGUGGGCGAUCGAUCGAUCAUUCCGAUACGCUGGGCUGGUUCACCUUCACCGUCGCGUGCUCUGCAGUCCAUCAGCAUCCGCUCCCGUAUUAGAGGCUCUGGACGGUUUAUUCAAAGCACUGGGGCAACUUGAACGUGGAUCGGCCGAAGUCGGAGCAUUGUUUCCACUUUUUACCGCUGGUUGUGAAACCCGAGAUCUACAACAACAGGCCGAUAUAAUGCAGAGAGUCAAGAACUUGGAGAAGACAGGCUUGAAGCAGAUUCAGAAUGCUCGUACGCUCAUGCAGCGUUGCUGGAAUGAAGACUUGCCGUGGAGUUCUCUGGCGCAAGGAGAAUUCUUGGGAUAG